AUGCCUCAUACACAUCGCCACAAGUUCAGAAGCAAAUUUUACAAGUUUUUUCAAAUAGAGCAAAGAAGGCAAUUCGUGAAGAAAUUGGGGAUGGAAAAUUUUGUGUACUUGUUGUUGUUAACUGCUAUUUUUAAUAUUGUUGGUGCUUCAUGUAAGCGUAAUGAUGAAUUUAGAAAAGCCCAAGCUGAUGAUAUUGCAUAUUUGAUUUCCAUUGAUGAGCUUGAGACUGGAAGAGGACUUAACCAAAUUGGCACUUUACAACGAGCUGGAGAUACUCGUUGGGGUUCUCACUUUAGAUCAGUUUCAAGCUUGAUAGAUAAGUUUAGUGCAACAUGUCAAGUAUUACUGAACAUAAUUGAAGAUGGAAGUACUUAUUUGCAAAUAGGAGAUGCAGAUGCGGCUUAUGAGGGAAUGACUUCAUUUGAAUUUGUUUUCAUUCUGCAUCUAAUGAGAGAAAUUAUGGAAAUCACUGAUGAACUAUGUCGGGCUUUACAAUGUAAAUCUCAAGAUAUUUUGCAUGCCAUGAGUCUUGUUGAAUCUUCUAAAGCACUUAUACAAGAAUUGAGAAAUGUUGGAUGUGAUCCUUUGCUUACUAAGGUGAGUUCUUUUUGUGAGGCACGCAACAUAGAUUUACCUAACAUGAAUGCUCGUUAUGUUGGAAGACAAGGGAAAGCUCGUGGUCAACAAGAAAACUUUACUGUUAAGCAUCACUACAGGGUAGAUAUAUUCAAUGUUACAAUUGACUCUCAAUUGCAAGAACUAAAUAGCCGAUUUAAUGAGAAUGCAGUGAGAUUGAGUGUCCUCAGUUCAGCUUUAGAUCCUCGUGAAAUUUGUAAGUCAUUUAGAAUUGAUGAUGUUUGUGAAUUAGUAGACAAAUUCUAUCCCGAAGACUUUGAAGAUCAUGAGAAGAUACGCUUGAAAAGACAACUUCAACAUUUUCUUAAUGAUGUUAUUCGACUUUCAGAAUUUAAAGCUUUGUUGACUAUUUCUGAAAUGGCUCAAUGGUUGGUGAAGACUCGAAGAUCAAUGAUGUACCAACUAGUUUAUAGGGUGGUUGUGUUGGUGCUCACUCUUCCAGUCUCGACAGCAACUACUGAGCGAGCAUUCUCAGCUAUGAAAAUAGUGAAAACUAGACUUCGCAAUAGAAUGGAUGAUGAUUUUCUUACUGACUCUUUGAUUAUGUACAUUGAAAAAGAAAUCGUUGAAAAAUUUAGUAUAGACUCCAUUAUUGAUGACUUUCGUGAUAUGCAAGAGCGACGAGUUCUAUUUUGA